AAUGCUGGCACUUGACCAGAUGAGUCUGUUUCGAGAUAAACUAGGCCAGGGUGGCUCAGUGAAGGUCUGUCAUGUGGUGGCUGAUUGGAGCUGCCUGGAUGGCGAGUGGUCUUUUCCAAGUUACCCUCCUUUCUGAUGAAGCAAAAUGAGAGGAGAGCUGUCCCCAAAAAGCCAAGAUCUCAGGACUGCAUCCCUUAAGACAUGUGCCACUGCCCUGAGUAAUAGAACGAGCUAAGGACACACAUGGUGUGCCUUAAAUCUGUCCGUUCUUAAUGGCUGAGUGCAUGGGAGACCUUCCUAGGUUAAGUGAGGGCUGCAACUUAGGUGAGCCCCCCCUUCCCUUCCCAAACUGCUGAGUUCCCAUAGCAGUCCCUUGACACAGCCUCAUAGCCCCUUUGGGAACGUUUACUUAUAGUAACAGUGGUGCCUUGGGGUAUGCCCAAGGCUUCCCCAGACCCGGAUAAGAUAGGAUCCCCUUGCAAGUUGGGAGAGGGUGUGUGACUUCGCAUAUGGGCGGGUCCCGCAUGGCGGGGUGCCCGCUGGACGGUGUCAGAACCCUCGCGUGCGCGGGGCCCCGCACCACGGGGCAGUGAACGGGGCCGUCGGUUCGGUUCCAAACGUCCGCUGGCCGCAGCCGGCGCAAGGGGAGGGUGUAGCUGGGAGAGCGGACGACUGGACCGCGGAGGGUUGGAGGGUUGGCGGCUGUCCGGACCCCGCUGGUGAGGCGGGCGCGGGUCCCCAGGAGCGGAGGGUGGGAAGCCCGGCGGCCAGGCGCUUCGCCUCCGUCCUCCAGUGACUGAUGCCCUGGACAGCCCCCGGGGGCGCAGUGGGCAGUGAGGGGGACAUGGCCGCCUGGCCAGCCGAGGGCGCGGACCGCUGCUGAGAGGGCGCACGAUGCAGCCCGCGACGGCGGCCACCACCAUGGUCUCCCUCCGGGAGCUGGCGGACUUGGCCAUCGGCACCCCGGAGGUGGGCGCCGUCAACUUCACGGCCCUGCACACGCUCAUCGUGGCCAUGCUCCGGAGCCUCAACCUGCAGGAGGUGCGCAUCGACUUCCAGUCGCCGUUGCCGUUGCCGUCGCCGGAGACGAGCCGCACCUUGGAGCUCCCGCAGGCCGCGCUCAGCGCCCGGCAGCUGGCUGCGUCCAAAGAGAAGCCGCGCGGCGGCCUGACCAAGCCACCGACGGAGCCACCGACGGCCGCGGCGACGCUCGAGAGCCAGGUGAAGGGCCUGGGCGGGCAGGUCCAGGACCUCAGCAGGAAGCUCAAGACCGUCACGAGCCAGGUGCAGGGCAUCGUGAGCCACGUGCAGCACCUUACGGCUCCCAUCAGCGAGCUGGACGCCCGGGACUGGCUGGAGGAGGAGACGGCCCAGCCGACGCCGGCCAGGGCACGAGCAGGGUCGUUGAGAAUCGCGAAGGGCGAGCGGGCCACGGUCUCCCAGGUCUCCCAGGCCAUGGAGCUGCUGCGCGACGUCGUGGAGGACGUGAAAACCCUCAAAGAAGCCCAGGAAAAGGCGGAGAAGCUCCCAGCGACAGCCAUCCAGCGAAUCGAUGCUCUAGAGAAGAUAGUCAGAGAACGGGAUGAAUUCCUGGACCUCGUAGGCCGGAAGAUGAGUUUGAUGCCUGUUGGAGAAGAAGUCACCAUGGUCACCUGGGAGGAGCUGGAGCAAGCCAUUACUGACGGCUGGAGGGCCUCACUAGGGGGCUCAGAGACAACGACGGGACUCCCGCAACGCAGAGGGCAUGCUUCCGCAACGUCAGAUGACACACUUCAAGGCGGAGUCCCCAUCAAGCGGUCAAGUGCUGACCGGGCUGUGGAUUCUCCCCAUGCUUAUGGCUCAGAUCAGACCUUUUCAGGACUCGGUGGCAUAAGAAACCCCUCUGAAGGGGUCACCAGGGAACGAGGCAGAGGUGCCUCCGCUACCGCGUUCCCUGCUAGAGAACAGCACCCGAGGGCCCGUGACGAAGCUGGCCUGGCAAAGGCCCAUCCCCUGUCUGCGUCCCAAUCCAGAGUAGAGUCAGGUCGCCCCAGGACGAGAGAGCUGCCGUCGCACAGCUCAGUCCAUCUAAGAAAAGAGGAGCGAGAAGCACAGCCUGGUCCCACCCUACAGGAUCUAUCCUCAGGCCCUGUGGCCGGAGAUGAAUAUCAAGUACACCCAGAUCAGCACUGGGGGGUGGAUGCAAGCCAGGGUCGAAUCCAGCCCGGGCUAGAUCAGCAUGGACUGGGACCACAUGGCAUGGACCCACCGGCGUGGAGCCAUCCCAGGACUUACCCACAUGCUGUGGUACCGCACACCAUGGGUCAGCUUGGUAUGAUGCCACCUGGAACGGAUGAGUGGGGCUUGGUAACACCUGGCCUGGAUCAGUAUGGGAUGGUGCCACCAGUGGUACCUGGCACACAUCAGCAAGGAUGGGAGCUACCUGGCACAGUUCAGCCUGGUACGGUUCCACUUGGCACGUAUCAGUACGGCACAGCCCAACAGCCUGGUGCGGAUCAGCGCGGAUUGGUGCCCUUGACGGCAGAUCAGCAUGGAUUUUUAAUAUCUGGCAUGGAUCAACAAGGAUCGGUCCUGCCUGGCAUGGAUCAACAAGGAUCGGUCCCAGACCUCACACAUCAGCGUGGUUUGGCAUCACCUGCUUUGAUACGAGUUGUUGCAGAUCGGCAAGGUUUUGUACAGCCCAGCUUGGAAACAUCUGAGUUCACUCAUCCUGACACAGAUCAGCAUGAUAUAAUACAGCCUGGGCCAGACCACCAUGGUUUGGUACCAGCGGGAGCCAGUCAGCGUGGUUUGGUGCAGCCUGGCGCAGAUCGGCAUGGUUUGGUCCAGACUCUUGUAGAUCCAAGUGGUUUGGUCCAGCCUGGUGCUUAUCUACCUGAUUGGGCACAGCCUGGUGCAUAUCCCAGUGGCUGGGGACAGCCUGUGGCAUAUCCGUUUGACUUGGUACAGCCCAACGUAUAUCCAUCUGGUUUGGUCCAGCCAAGUGCUGUUCAGCCUGGUUUGACACAGUCUGGAAUAGGUCAGCAAGAUUCAGCCCAACUUAGAAUGCAUCAGCGUGCUUUGGUGGAGCCUGAAAUGGAUGAACAUGGUUUGGUCCAAGUUGGAAUGGAUCACCGUGUUUUGUUCCAGCCUGGCACAGUUCAGCCUACUUUAAUGCAGCCUGGUGCAGGUCAACGUGGUUUGGUUCAACCUGUUAUAAGUCAGAGUGAUUUGGCCCAACCUGGAAUAGAUCAGCAUGAGUCAGUCCAACUUGGCAUAGAUCAGCGUGGUUUGGUGCAACCUGGAGCAGGUCAGCCUGGCUUGGCGCAGCCUGGCAUGGAUCAGCGUGGUUUGGUGCAGCCUGGCGCAGGUCAGCCUGGCUUGGCGCAGCCUGGCAUGGAUCAGCGUGGUUUGGUGCAGCCUGGCGCAGGUCAACCUGGCUUGGCGCAGCCUGGCAUGGAUCAGCGUGGUUUGGUGCAACCUGGCGCAGGUCAGCCUGGCUUGGUGCAGCCUGGCAUGGACCCGCGUGGUGUGGUGCAACCUGGUGCAGGUCAGCUUGGCUUGGUGCAGCCUGGUAUGGACCAGCGUGGUUUGGUGCAUCCUCAUGCUGGUCAGCCUGGCAUGGAUCAACGUGGUUUGUUGCGACCUGGCACAGGUCAGCCUGGCUUGGCGCAGCCUGGCAUGGGUCAGCGUGUUUUGGUGCAACCUGGCUUGGCACAGCCUGGCAUGGAUCAGCAUGGUUUGGUGCAACCUGGCACAGGUCAGCCUGGCUUGGCGCAGCCUGGCAUGGAUCACCAUGGUUUGGCACGACCUGGCACAGCUCAGCCUGGUUUGGCACAGCCUGGCAUUGAUCAGCGUGGGUUGGUGCAACCUGGCACAGGUCGGCCUGGCUUGGCGCAGCCUGGCACGGAUCACCAUGGUUUGGCACAACCCAGCGCAGCUCAGCCUGGUUUGGAGCAGCCUGGCAUUGAUCAGCGUGGGUUGGCACAACCUGGCACAGGUCAGCCUAGCUUGGCACAGCCUGGCAUGGACCAGCAUGGUUUGGUGCAACCUGGCACAGGUCAGCCUGGCUUGGCACAGCCUGGCAUGGACCAUCGUGGUUUGGCACAACCUGGUGCAGGUCAGCCUGGCUUGGCACAGCCUGGCAUGGACCAUCGUGGUUUGGCGCAACCUGGUGCAGGUCAGCCUGGCUUGGCACAGCCUGGCAUGGAUCAGCAUGGUUUGGUGCAACCUGGUGCAGGUCAGCCUGGCUUGGCGCAGCCUGGCAUGGACCAUCGUGGUUUGGUGCAUCCUGGUGUAGGUCAUCCUGGCUUGGCGCAGCCUGGAAUUGAUCAGCGUGGAUUGGUGCCACCUGGUGCAGGUCAGCCUGGCUUGGCACAGCCUGGCAUGGAUCAGCAUGGUUUGGUGCAACCUGGUGCAGGUCAGCCUGGCUUGGUGCAGCCUGUACUGGAUCAACGUGGGUUGGUGCAACCUGGUGCAGGCCAACCUGGUUUGGUUCAGCCUGGCAUAGUUCAGCCUGCCUUGGUCCAGCCUGGUGCAGGUCAGGGUGGUUUGGUCCAACCUGGUACAGAUCAGCUUGGUUUAGGGCAACGUGGAUUGGAUCAGCGUGGCUUGGUACAGGCUGACACAGAUCCACGUGGCUUUUCUCAACCUGGUGCAUAUCCUCCUGGAUUGAUUCAACCUGGCGCAUAUCCACCUGGUCUGGUACAGCCUGGUGCCUAUCCACAUGGUUUGGUCCAACCUGGUGCCUAUCUACAAGGUUUGGGUCAAUCUAGUGCCUAUCCUCGUGGUUCAGUUCCACCUGGUGCCUAUCCUCGUGGUUUGAUCCAGCCUGGUACAUAUCCACAUGGUUUCAUGCAGCCUAGUACUGAUCAGCGUGGUUUGGUUCAACCUGAAAUUGAUCAGUAUGGCUUGAGGCAACCUGGUACCGGACAACCAGGUGUGGUACCAGCAGGCACAGGGCUUCGUGGCUUUCCAGCAUUUACCCCAGAUUUCCCAAGAUCUUUAGCACAUCCAUAUUACCCUGGUGUAGUACCUCCUGGCAGAUACCAACAUGGUCAGGUGUCAGCACUUCUAGCCAAUCAAGGUUUGGCAUCACCAGGGAUUGGCCAAAAGAUUUUACCAGAAACUUACCAGCAAGGUUUGUUACAUCGUGGCACAGACCAGCAUGGCCUGACACCAUUAAGCCCCCAUGUGGGAUCUGCACAGCGAGCUCAACAGCAUUUGGUUUCGCCUGGCCCGGAUCAGCAUGGCCAGGGACAAGCAGGCACAGAACAGCAAGACCAUGUAUCCUCUAUCCCAGAAUCCUGGGACCGAUCCUAUCCUGGCCCUCAGGGCCCAGGCGUCCAGAUGGGUUUGGAUCCAAAACAAAUACAGGCCCCAGGCCAGCCUGCCCUUCCCGUCCGGACUCCUCCCAGCCAAGCAGCCACCUUUCCCAGGAGCGCAGACUCUCUCAGCUGUCUCCACCGAGUCUCCUCCGAAAAGAGUGAUUUCCAGAGUGAGAGACGUGACUCGCUGGAUAAAUUAGCUCCGACCUUCCCCAUGGCAGUGGAAACAUUUCGUCUGAUGGGAGAGCUCCUUGGCCUCUAUGUAGAGCUCAAGGAGAACAUGAAGGAGCUGGACGAGGAGCAGGCUGGCCAGACCGACCUGGAGAAGAUCCAGUACCUGCUCGGCCUCAUGGUCAAAAAGGCUAUACCCCCAGACCUGCAGGAACAGCUGAACACCUUAAAGUCCUUAACCAAAGAAGUUCGGCAGGAAAAAGCAAAAAUGGAGAGGAUGCAGAAGAUCCUGGAGGGCAACGGGGAACACGAAACAGGAAAAGACAUGAAGAAUGGCUCACUGAGCUUGCAGCUGGGAAUCCUCAGAGUUACCGUGGCUGACAUCGAGAAGGAACUGGCCGAGCUGAGGGAAAGCCAAGAGCGGGGCAAGGUCAGCAUGGAGCACUCAGUCUCCGAAGCCUCCCUCUACCUGCAGGACCAGCUUGACAAGCUCAGGGCGAUCAUCGAGAACAUGCUGGCCUCAUCUUCCACGCUGCUGUCCCUGAGCAUGGCUCCUCACAAGACGCUGUCCACUUUGGAACCUGGCCAGAUUGACCCGGAGGCCACCUGCCCUGCCUGCAGCCUGGACCUGAGCCACCAGGUCAGCACGCUGGUGCAGCGCUACGAGCAGCUUCAGGACAUGGUCAACAAUCUGGCUGCCUCCCGGCCCUCCAAGAAAGCCAAGCUCCAGAGCCAGGAUGAAGAGCUGCUGGGCCAUGUCCAGAGCGCCAUCCUGCAGGUGCAGGGCGACUGUGAGAAGCUCUACAUCACCACCAGCAGCCUCAUCGAAGACCACCGGCAGAAGCAGAAGGACAUUGACGUGCUGUACCAGGGCCUAGAGAAGCUCGAGAAGGAAAAGGCCAACAGGGAGCACCUGGAGAUGGAGAUUGACGUGAAGGCUGAUAAGAGUGCCCUGGCGGCCAAAGUGAGCCGUGUCCAGUUCGAUGCCACCACGGAGCAGCUGAACCACAUGAUGCAGGAGCUGGUGGCAAAGAUGAGCGGCCAUGAGCAGGACUGGCAGAAGAUGCUGGACAAGCUCCUGGUGGAGAUGGACAGCAAGCUGGACCGCCUGGAGCUGGACCCCGUGAAGAAGUUGCUGGAAGACCGCUGGAAGUCCUUGCGGCAGCAGCUCAAGGAGCGCUCUCCCCUCUACCAGGCGGACGAGGCAGCGGCCAUGAGGAGGCAGCUCUUGGCACAUUUUCACUGCCUCUCUUGUGACCGGCCCUUGGAGACAGCUGUGACUGGACAAUUUAUCCCGGUGACUCCUGUGGGCCCAGCCCUGCCUGGGCACCGUUCCACCCGCCCCUACACUAUCUUCGAGCUGGAGCAGGUCCGGCAGCAGAGCCGCAACCUCAAGCUGGGCGGUACCGCUUUCCCUCGGGGCGACUUGGCGCACAUGGAGCGGAGCGUGGGGCGCCUGCGCACCAUGCACUCCAAGAUGCUGAUGGACAUUGAGAAGGUGCAGAUCCACUUCGGAGGCUCGGUCCGGGCCAGCAGCCAGAUGAUCCGGGAGCUGCUGCAGGCACAGUGCCUGAGCUCCCCCUGCUACAAACGGGUGCCGGAGACAGCCGACUACGUGUACUCGAGCGUGCCCCGGCGCUGCGGGGGCAGCCACACCCUCACGUACCCCUACCGCCGCAGCCGUCUACAGCACCUGUCCCAGGGCCUGUACCCCACUGAGGAGGUCCAGAUCGCCAUGAAGCAUGAUGAGGUGGAUAUCUUGGGCUUGGAUGGACAUAUUUACAAGGGACGGAUGGAUACAAGGCUGCCCGGCAUCUUGACCAAAGACCCCUCUGUCUCCGGGAUGACCAAGCACAAGGCCAAGCAGUCCCGGCCCCACGUGCACAGGCAGCAGUCCCUCAGCGACAAUGGCCAGCUGCCCUCGAGACCUCAGAGUGCCCAGAUGCUGGCUGGCAACAGCCCAGCUCCUCCUCGUCCACGGAAAGACAGACCCCUGUCAUCCGAGGGGCGCCUCGCCCAGCCCAACGCAGCCCACCCACCCAGCCCCAGCGAGAUGGAGAUGCACAUGGACAUGCCCCCCGGGGAGGGGCCCGAGGAGCCCACCCGGGGACCGCGGUCCACCACUGCUCAGUGAGCAAAGGUAUUAAUAAAUGUUUAGGAAGAAG